AUGCAGCUGGCGCAAACCAGGUACACGGCCCGCAAGAGCCCGAGCCUCUUGCCCAUGAUACAGCGGGACGAGCGAGAAUAUUUGAAAGGCAAGAUCGAUCAUCCGGCCCCUGGUCACGUAGAAUGCAACACCGGUGUCACCUCAGAUCCUUGGUCCAAACGAGAUGCACGAAGCCACGCGAGGGCCGACUACCGGGAAGACGCCGGCCAUUGCUGUUAUUAUUGGAGCUCCGAAGCUGGUGUGGAGACACUGCAAGCCUCUCCCGCAACUAGGAGCGAUGCAGCGGUGCAAGGGGGAGGGGGCCAAAAAAAUCCCCCCAACCACCCCCUCCGGACCCAUCGCAGCGGAGGAGAAAUAGACCAACGAAUCAAGGAUCGCGGAGACCGUCAUCUCUGCCGCGUCCUCCACAUAGGAAUCAACGGCGCUUGGACCGGGCUGCGGCGAAGGCCAAAAGCGGCCACUGUGAGUUCUUGGGACACGGCCAUCCCCGCAAAACUUUGGAUUGGCCGCAUCCGGUGA